AAGUAGAAAUAUAAUAUUACUUUUUUUAUAUUUUUAUUAAAUGGCAAAAGCAAAAGAAAUCAUAUGUUCGUUGGACAUGGAGAAGAAUAAUAAUAAUUCUAUCAGUGCAGAUUUGUCUAAUCAAGAGGAAAAAGAUAAACUGCUGGACGAGAUCAUUUUAUUAGAAGCGCAUGUCUCUCUACUAGAAACUAUGAUUGUAACACCCAAAUUCGGUCAAUUAGAAUUUGACGAAUUGUCAUUGAUACACGACAAUAAAGCCACAAAAUUUCAUAUACCGGACGUGCAAACGGAAUUAUGCCAUGAACUUUACCGAUUCGUGGGAUUGCGAUGUCGGGAAUUUAACCAAAAUUCGAGACUCGUUUUUGAAAUCAAUAACACCGUCACAAAAAACGAUCCAUACGCAAUAGAGAUACUGAUAGACGAAAACGGUCGUGGAAAAUUAGGAAAGUGGGUGUUGCCUAUGUCCAUCAAUGUGCAAGAAAUAUUAUCGCGAUAUCCUAUCGAUAAUUUAAGUAACAUAAAGCACUUUUUGAAGAGCUGCAAGCAUCACGUUGAUAGUUAUCUUUGCCGCUUAAAACAGUUAGAAGAAUUGCAAGAUUUACUCUCAGGGAUCAAAAAUAUUCGCGUAACUCACACUUUGGGCAUUAUUUUAAUUGAAUUUGUAAUAUCAGGAAUAAAAGAUAUAGACUCUGACAAAUUUUAUAACGUUAUACUAUAUCUGUACUAUGAGUCUGCCGCAGCAAGACCUCACAAAUUAUCCUCGGAUACGGAUGAUAACGAGAAACCAUCGCCGAUUUUAGUUAAAAAAUUAAACAAGUACUUUAAACCUUUCUUGAAGGAAAAUUUAUUCCUGCAGAUUAGCGAAUCGCAAACUAAAUUUGUAUGGCAAAAAAUUAUAGCAAACGAUAACGAAGAUAUUGCGGAAGUUUUCGACAAAUCAGAUGACGGAAAUAUAGGAGUUUUAGCGGAGUUUUUACAUCAAGGCGACAAGAAGAGACAGAAGAAAAGCAAAAGUAAAGUACAAAAUAAAGAAAUUACUUUCCGUGAAAAUGAAACGGAAACUACGUUUAGCGGUGAAAAAGAGAAGUUUAAAGAUAUUGAUGUCACAGACACAGCGAGAGAUGAUUUUUCGGGAACAGAUGAAAGAAUUAAAACGCGCAAACGCAAACGGUUGACGAAGACAAUAGCAAAACCAAACGGUGCAAAAAAAUCACAGGCAGAUUUAAAAAGACUCAGAAACGGAAUGUCAAGCACAGAAAAAAAUAGUGAUCGAGAUAUUGAGGAUAUCGAUUAUCCUAUUUCUAAUGUCGCAAGUGGAGUAAAAUCCAAUGUACAACAGAAAAAAUCUAAUAAUGAAAUAUGCGAAGCAAAUAUUGAGCAUGUACAAAUGGAAGAUAAUUAUAAUUGUAAGAAAGAUUUGUUGCAAGAACCGAUUGAUGAAAGUAAAGAAAACCAUAAAAAAUUGCUAAAUGAAUCAAAUAAUACGAAUAGUGAGCAUUCGGUGAAUUCACAGAAAGUAAAAAGGAAGAGAAGAACGAUCACACGUAUUGAUCAAACUGAGAAGAAUAAUAUUUCAAAACUGAAAAAUAAUAAACGUGCCAAAAUAAGUAGUAGCACUCCUAAUUCGAAAAGAUUACCCAACAAAUCCUAUGUCUUUCAUGAAAUGUCAUCAAUAACACAGGAAAAAUGAAGAUAAUAUUAUUAAAAAUUAUAAUAAAAUUAAGAAAUUUUUAAUAUUGCACAUGAUUUAUUAUAUUAAAGGAUAUUUUUAGCUUACUUUAUAUCAAUAAAAGGCUGUCAGGGCUGAGCCGCGCAUUCGACAGUUCAAAUAUUAAGUAUGUAUGUAUAAUUUUAAUUUAUUUAAUU